CGAGGCUCAUUUUUCAAAAGUUUCGCUAGUUACUGCGGUUCCGGGUAUUCUUGGUAUAAGCCUUCACCAUUUUGCUUAUUAUCGUAAAGAAUUAAAAAAAUCAUUGCAAUGAGCAUAGAGACUGCUCCGUAUACUGUUUCGAAGGCUUGGACUCAAGAAGUUAGUUUUUCAUGAUCAUAUUGAGAUUCUUAGAAAGUUGAACUGCGUGAGUAUAACUCUUUACGAUGGGUUUGCGCCAUGAGUCAUGAAAGUUCAAUGGAUAAGGCUAGUAAGGAGUGCUUUUGGAAAUUGUUCAGGUAUAUUGGUGGGAAAAAUGCACAAAAGGUUAAAGUACCGAUGACUGCUCCAGUUACUAUUGAAAGUAAACCAGAUAAUCAGUCUGUCAUGAAAAGAUGUUUUACAAUGGGUUUUUACAUUCCUGAGGCGUUUCAAUCAAAUCCACCUGCUCCAACUGAAGACGGGGUAUUUAUAGAAACUAGACCAGCCAUGAAAGUUUACUGUUGGACCUAUUCAGGUUUUUCAAAUAAUGACAAGGCAUUAAAUAAUGCACGUAAACUUGGUGAAAGUCUCGAUCAACUUGGUUUAAAAUAUAUACCAGAUCCUUUUUAUUUCGCUGGUUAUGAUUCACCAUUCAAAUUAAUUAAUCGUCGAAAUGAAAUAUGGUUUAAAGCUCAAUGAAUAAAUUUCUGUUCUUUUUAUCACAAUGAAAAUAAUGAGUGUUUACUUUAGAGAAAGAUAGAGAUAGAGAGAAGGGGGGGGAGAAAGUAAAGCACUUAUCAGCUGACAACGCUUCUUUUUUUUCUGCAUAGAACUUUGUUUCUGUUCUUUGUAAUCAUUAAAGAGUACAUUAUGUCACAUUUUUUUAAAUAUUUUAUGGGAUAAUUGUUUUAUUACACCUGAACUUUUUUUCACUUAGAUAUAUAUGAUUGGUUCAUUCUGUAUCUAUGUGAUUUCACGUGUUGUCUUGUUCUCCACACUACUCAUAUUACUUUCUAUAUAAGUGUACUUAUUUCAUUGUUUGGAUAAUAAUCAUAACAACAAUAAUGUACUACUACUACUACUAAUAAGAAUAACAGUAAUAAUACUUAACUCAGGUGGUCGUAUAUACUCUGCAUAAUCAUAAUAUAUACCUAGUCUUUUUUGUUAGAAAAACCUUUUUUUUUUCAAUUCUAUAAUCUCAGGUCAUAGUGUUACUUACAUUUUUUUUCUGAACAAUUCAAAGUGUUGUGUUUAAGAAUUAAAUAGAUUGUUUUUUACAAUA